UUCGGCCAAACGUUCGCCGAUUACCCCGGAUCAGACGUAAAUUUCCCGAUUUUGCUGACUAUUCGGUUGCAAUUUCAAUGUUAGGUCGAAGGAAAAACCGCGUGAACGUUACGAGAAACGACGAGGACAUGAUGGACGAAAUUAAGGAAACCAUCCCGGAAAGUUGGGUGAAAAUUUACGAGACAAAUGUUAACAUUACCUGGAAGGAAGAUCUAGCCUCGUUUUUCAAAAGCUGGGAUCAUGAUGUCAAUAAAGUUUACACGUCGGACAUACCACAAAUAUGUAAGGAGCAACCGUGUCAGCUUGGUAUAGAUGAGGCUGGACGUGGACCAACCCUAGGUCCUAUGGUAUAUGGAAUUGCCUACAUACCCUUGUCAGAAAAGUACCUUCCCGUGGACUUGGGCUGUGCAGACUCCAAGGUUUUGACGGAGGAACAGAGAGAGAAAAUUUUCAAUAAAAUUUGUCAACACCGCAAGAAAAUAGGUUGGGCGGUAGAAGUCAUAUCGCCUAAUAUCAUUGCGAAUAGCAUGUACCGGCGUGUCAAAUUUUCUCUGAACGAUAUCUCUAUGAAAUCCGCGGUUGAACUAACGCAAUUGGCGAUCAAGCGAGGUGUAAAUGUCGCAGAAUUGUACGUAGACACGGUAGGCAGACCGGAGGCGUAUCAGGCUAAGCUGAAGAAGCUUUUCCCGAAUUUAAAGGUAAUCGUUGCGAAGAAAGCCGACUCUAUAUAUCCUAUCGUCAGUGCUGCCAGUAUUUGCGCCAAAGUUUUGCGCGACAACUCUUUAAAAAAUUGGCAGUUUCGCGAAGGGACGAUCUCGAGCAUGUACGGAAGCGGAUACCCGAAUGAUCCGGAUACUAAAAGGUGGCUAUUCGACAAUGUAGACGAUAUAUUUGGAUUCCCGCGUAUUGUCAGGUUCAGCUGGUCGCCUGCUGAAAGGAUCCUGCAGUCGUACGCUCUGUCCAUUGAAUGGGAAGAAGUGGAGCAAGAAGAGAAUCGUGGGGAGCAGAAGAUCUCCAAAUUUUUCACCGGGUCGCCCCAGAAGAAGCGGCAUCAAUUUUUCAUCAACAGAUGCCUCUCCAGCACUUCCACUUUUUGAUUUUCUUAGUAUUUACAAUAAGGAUGAUACACAUACACGCGCGUACGGACAUAGUACAAUUAAAGAGCUACCGUUAAACAAAACUGAGACUUAUGUCUGAUCCGUCGACGUAAACGCCGUUUUAUUUAUCAGAACGUUAAGUUAAAGAUAAAAGUUCGAUUUAUGUACAUAUGUACAGAGUGCUGUUACAGUAAAAUACCAUAAUGCGACGAGCGGCAUGUUUCUUUUAUGCCACUGCGUGUAUUUCACUUGUAAUUAACAGUUAGGAAUGUUAUUUAGCGCAAAAUGUUCUUUGGUAAAACACACCUUACAUUCACACGCGUAUACACACAGCUCACAAUAAACUUCUAGGAUAACAUAUCUCUGCGGAUGAUUAAUAGCGACUAGAUUGAUAAAAGCUACGACGAAAGAGAACACUCUCACCAGGGCUAAAAUCUUGCUUGUUCUCUCGCGUGACUGGACGAUAGAAACACUCAUGUACAAUUAGAAUAUAUAAAUAUACUCGGCGUUCGUUCAUUCAUUCAUUCCGGUUGAUUAUUAUUCGUUCGUUCAUGCUUGCGAUUUUCUUUUUAAUUUUUAAUAGUAAAUGACGAAAGAGAGGAAAAGAAAAAUACAUAAGAGUUUGAUAUUUCUCACUUUUGAAAGUCCAAAGAGAUAUUUAGAUGAACGUAAAUUUGUUUGUGAACUUCUCUUUUUAAAUUGUAUGGAUUGUUUGAAUAAAAAAGAUGAUUUUUUUAAGUAAC